UAACUAAAUAAAUAAAUAAAAAGUGUUAGGCGCCAAAGUGAAAAACUUAUUUGUUCCACAAAAUGUUUCCCCAAAUAUUUCCAUCGUCCCGCACAGAAGAGAACAAACAGAGCAGAAAGUUGAUGAUCAGUUUGCACAACAAUGUCAACACUCUUCAUCGCUCUCCAAUGCUGCCAAUGCUCCACCAUGCAGGUAAAGCAAAAGAAGAAAAGCAGCAACAAGUGGACCUGCGCACUGUGCAACAAGAAUCAAUCUCUUCGCAAAGUCUUCGCUCAAGGUUAUCAAGCCAAGGACAUUCGCAUCUUCGUCCAAUCCUUCAACGCCUCUCGCAAUUCCCUCCAACAACAAUGGCUCCUCGCCGGAACCCUAAAUUCCACCCCCGAACACGCUCUAGGAGACUCCAAAUUCCCAACUGACCUCAAUCAUAACAACAAGCGUACCGAUUGGACUGCGUAUCUCGAUAAUGACGAUCAUCAUGCAGCCAAUAUAGCCGAACAACACGAUGAUGAUUUUGAGCCAUUGGUAGUGACUGAGUUGCCAAAGGACAUGUUUAAGAAGCGCAGAUUAGUGGAUAAUUCAAAAUCUGGAAGUGACAGGCAUUUUGAAAAGCCAACGUUCCAAAACUCCCAAGAUGCAGGAGAGCCAGAAAAGGAUCAGCGAAGAAUUACAGUAUCAAUUGAAAGCAAUUCUGAGAGGAGAAAUAUUAAAGUGACACAGAAAUGCAAACAGACGGUCAACAGUUCAGCCUCCAAAUGGAAUGACUACUUAACUGAGGACAAUGACUACUUAACUGAGGACAGUGACAACUUAGAACUUGGGUGCAAGAGAGGCUUUAACUUCAAGGACCCUUCAGUUUCAUGGAACAACGACAUCUUAGAGGCCAUAACUUGUGAGCAAAGAGUAGAAGAUGAUAUUCACCCUGAUUUUAUGUGAACUGUAUCAUUGACUGCUGCUAGGAGAGUACUUAUGAGAAGUAAAGAAAAACCACCACUUUGCAUAAUGAAUAUAUUCAGUAAUAUACAGAAAGCUUCUCAACUUUUUUUAUAUCAAAUCAUGCGUUCCAAAAAAAAGUGUUAAAUUAUUUAUAAGUUUGCAAAUGAUACAAUAGUUCCACAUAUGUUUCUUCUGCUCCCAUUUAAAUGGCAUGGCAAUGGUAGGAGUUUGGACAGGGUAUUAUACUUGUAUUCAAAUUGGAGCUACCUUUUGAGGAUAUAGGUCACAUUUACUGAACCUCAUAAAUCUGAUGUGUACAAAUUCUUUUUUCUGCACUGUUUGAUUUAUGUGAUUUUUCUGCA